UACAUAUAUGCUUUUGUUAUUAAAGAAUAUUGACAAAAAAUUAACGAAUGCGUACUGUCAGUGUACAGUCAUAAUAAAUGGACGAAUAGGCACUGUGGUUGGAUGGGGGCGUACUAAUGAAGGUGGUGAAUUGCCAGCAAUCGUUAACCAGGUGAAAGUACCUAUAAUGUCUAUUACAGAAUGUCGAAACCAAAAGUAUAAAAGUACUAGAAUAACAUCCAGUAUGAUUUGUGCUGGAAGGCCUAAUAUGGAUUCAUGUCAGGGAGACAGCGGUGGCCCCCUUCUACUUUCAAAUGGGAUAAAGUAUUUUAUUGUUGGUGUAGUUUCUUGGGGCGUUGGCUGCGGUAGAGACGGAUAUCCAGGUGUUUACACCAGAGUUAGUAAAUUUAUACCGUGGAUAAAAUCGAAUUUACAUAACAGCUGCUUGUGCUCUUGAUAAAAAAUUGCAUAUAUGUAUAUAACAAAUGUGUACUGAUAUAUAUACCAUUUAAUAAAGGUCAUCCAAUUAAUUUAAGUAA